AGUGAUUUGGGCUAUCAUAGACGCUUCGUGAUAGAGUUGAACCCUAGAGCCUAGAUGAACAUGAUCGAUACCAGCUCUCAAGGAUCCACAUCUGCAGAUGUUUGGGACCAGCCCAAUGAUUACGCUGGCCUGAGCUCGUAUCCACUGGCAGGCGCUGCAACUAAACCACAGCGGAAGCCCCAACAAGUCGUCCCAGACGACUGGGAUAACGAUGAAGAUGAAGACGAAGAUAACGCCAAAGUCUGGGAAGACGCAAACAACAAAGCGCCCAUGCCAGAACUGAUCAUUUCCCCCUCGAGCACCGGGACAUGCGUCGUCCCCCCUCCCCCAGCUGCCUUCCAACCGACGAUGCGUAUCCUGAAACGGCCCUCUCCCUCCCAAUCAGCCUCGAAUUCUACCACCUCACUCUCCUCACAGACACGCAACACUCUUGCUGAGCGUGAGGCUCAGUAUCAAGAAGCUCGUAAUCGAAUAUUUGGAACGACGAGCGAGCGUGGCAGUGAUGACCUCUUAAGCCGCCGCGGGGGAGCAGAUGCUGGAUCUGCGGCGUCUGCGGUGCUGCGUAGUCCUACAGGUCCGUCAGAUACGGACAAAGAGGUGGGUCGGACCGAUGACUCCCCUCCAAAGGGAUUUCGUGACAGGAGGAAUGGGAGGAAUCAGAACAGCACAUCUUCGAGUAUGUUACCACGGACUUCGAGUUGA